AUUGUGCUUUUAAUUUGAAAGGUCACGGCGGAUGUACUGCGUUCAAACUGGUUACCUUGACAAAGUGGCUUUAAAUGGGAAUGCCCUCUGUGCAGCUGAGGGAGUCUCCUUUAAAAAAUCUUGGUGGUGACUGGGAUGCGGUUGCCGGAGCCGGGCACCUAGCCGACCAUCCACGCUCAUAUGCCCACCGCAGACUGGGAUCACUCACUCCUCUCUCCACACACCAAAGAUGACAUCUCCUUCAAACCUAACCCAUGUGGCACCACAGGAACAGCGCUUCUUGGUGUUGUUCGACUUUGACGAGACCAUCAUCAGCGAGAGCAGUGAUGAUGCUGUGGUGCGUGCUCUGCCAGGCCAGAAGCUCCCCGACUGGCUGAAACAAAGCUACAGAGAGGGGCACUACAACGAACACAUGCAGAAGGUCUUAGCCUACAUGGCGGAGCAGGGUGUGUCCAAGGACUCCAUCCAUUCGGCAGUGGAGAAGAUCCCACCGACGCCCGGCCUCCUCAACCUCCUCCAGUACCUGCAAAACCACCAGCAGGAUUUUGAGUUAGUGGUGGUCUCCGACGCCAACAUGUAUUUCAUCGAGACAUGGCUGGAGCGUGCCGGGGUGCGUCACCUUUUUCACAAGGUUUUCACAAACCCAGCCAGUUUUGAUGCGACUGGCCGACUCGUGCUGCUCCCUUUCCACUCCCACUCGUGCUCCCGCUGUCCUGACAACAUGUGCAAGCAGGUGAUCCUUCGGGAUUAUCUGGUGAGUCGGCAAAAGGAGCGUGGCGGCAUGCCGUUCCAGAGGGUAUUUUAUAUUGGAGAUGGGGCCAAUGACAUCUGUCCCUCUCUGGCUCUGGGGCCCAGGGACACAGCCUUCCCCAGGAGGGACUUCCCCAUGCACAGGCUGCUGCUGGGGAUGCAGCAGUUCAAGGCAAAUGUAGUUCCCUGGGCCAGCGGUGAGGACAUUGUAGACUGCCUGAAGAAAAUAGUAAAGGAGAGAUGAAGUGUGUGUGUGUGUGUGUGUGUGUGUGUGUGUGUGUGAGAGAGAGAGAGAGAGAGAGAGAGAGAGAGAGAAAGAGAGACUGAAAGAGAUAGGGUGAUCAGGACGAAAUGCAUGAUUUUACCUCAGCUACACUUGGUACAACUUAUAAAGAUGUAGCCAAACAAAGUGCAUCUAUUUGAAUCAAAUCAUUUUUUUAAAGGAAUAGUUAAACAUUUUUGGGGAAUAAGCUUAUUUGUAUACUUGCUGAGAAUUAGAGGAGAAUGUCAAGGCCACUCUCAGUCUGUAUGUAGCUGGAGCCAGCAGCUGGUUAGCUUAGCUUAGCACAAAGACUUGAAACUGGGUAGCCUGACCAUUCAACAAGUGACACAAGCCAAGCUUGCUAAUUAACACAGUGUAUCUCAAACAGAUUGCAGGAAGUUGCACUUUCUGGUUAAGAACUAGUCUGGCACAUAAGAUAAAACUGCUGUCUUCUUUAACCUUUACUCAUAGUGAGGCUAGCUGUUUCCUGCUGCUUCCUGUGUUAUUGCUAAGGUAACCAGUGUCAUUUUUACCAUACAGACAAGAGAAUGGUAUUUUGCGUUUAUUCCCAUUAAGUAUUUGUGUAUGUAUAGAAGAAUUUGCCAUUUAAAUUAAUGAGUAUUAAGUGUGUACGCAGUAUUAGGUGAUAGUAAUUACAGUAUGCAGUAACAGGACUCCCAUUCGAAUGCAAAUAAGCUCAGUGGUUAAGAUUAUCAGGAUCAAUAAUGGAGAUACGCGGUAAUGAUGAUGCAUUUAGUUUUGAUUCGCUCAUAAUGAGCUAAAUCCUAGCUCAGCUCAUUUAACACACCACCCCCCUUUGAUAUUUACUUUGCAUUUGAACAUCUCACUGUAUCUGACAUUUUUGAACAAUGUUAGCUGUGAAACUGUGGGUCACAUAUACUGUCAAGACUGUAGAGAUUUUAGCAACCAAGAACAACUUAAAACUAAUUCCAUCUUUGGAGUGUCUCUGUUAUGACAGGCUUCUUUUCAAUAUACUUAACACUUCAUCCGAGGCCUCAACAAUGAACACAUAAGAAGGAUCAGGUGUUAUAGCACUGUCUGGGACAAAAGACCACACAUGUUGUGUCAGGCAUCGACAUGGACGGCAUAGAGCAGGGAUAAGGUGACAGAGAUUCAGGCACACUACCUGAGCACUCUCCGCCACUCAUUACUGAUACCUAAUCUAGGGUAUACAGCAGUAAUCUACACCAGCAUGUGAUCCAAAGGGAACACUGUAGCCAUAUGCCUGCACUUUGGCCCCAUUAUUAAACUGUCUGACUCUGAAACAGUGAAAGAAAGUGUAAUGCAAAGUACCAGUUAAAGAUUUUAAAUUCUGUUUGUGUAGUCAUUAGUUAAAACAGUGAAUAUAUAUUAGUAUUGAUAAAAGGCUGUUUACAUUGGGGAGAAUUUAUAUUCUUUGAGAAGUUCAUCGUCUUUAUGUUUGAAUGUAUACCCAGUUAAAAUACAGUGUUGUCAGAGAGUGGUGUUGGUAUCAGCCACUUUGGUGUAUAUUUGCAUAAUUAACUCAACAUGCAACCUCAUUUUGCCUCACUAAAGUCAUGAUAGAGACAGGGAAAUGUAUUCAAAAAUAUAAAAAAGAGCACCUUUAUUCACUGAAUCUAGCAUUGUAUUAUUCAGUAUUGUAUUAUUAUUGUUUAAAUUCAGGGAGGAGUGAAAAAAUAUUGUGUUGCAGGGUCCUAGUUUCAUUUUCACUACUACUACUAUACACAGUCUAAAUUCCUACGCUAAUGGGGCAUGUAAACUGUACGUUUGCUGAUUUUUUUCAGCCUAUCUAAGGUUCUUUUCCAUGUUAAUGUGCACACAAGUAACUAAUACUGAUCCUGUCAAAUGACUUCAGGCCAGAGGUAACUGAAAUAACUGAGUGACUGUUCAUUUUGUAUUUUAAAUGUCUCUAACAAUAUAAAUCAGUGUACAUCUCCGUCAAGCCAUUACAGUGAACAGCAAGAGAGUCUGAGAAGCAGUAAACAGAUAAGUAAUUAGUUUGCUAAUUAAACAAAAUACUUCUAGUCUUGACAAACGACACGAUGCUGUUUAAGUGUUUUUAAUUUCUCAGGGAGUAGAAAAGAAAGUGUUAAUAAGCAAAUAUAAUAGUAAUAAUGUAUAUUUACGGAAAUGUGUUUGUUUGCACUCUCAGAUUUGCUGCUCUAAGAACAAAGCGUUUGUGAUUAAAAUCAGUGCAGCUGGAGUUUGACCCUGAAAUUCUCUGAGAUCUAAACCUAAUCCAUUAAUACUUCGUGAUUAGUAAAGUUCUGUGAGCUUUACUCCCUCUGAUGCUACAAGUAUUGACAAUGUAACACAACUACUUUAGUUUAAGUAUCUGUGACUUCCAUAGAGUUUUGUGCAAUAAAUAAAUUCUGUAUACUUGAUAUGACAAUGAGAUUUAAGGUUUAACAGGAAGAAAAAACUUGACGUUUGACAUUUUCAGGGAUGUGAAAUGACCCCACAUCACCGAACUACAGUGUUUUUUAAUGUCAUUUUAAAAUGACUUCACAAUAACCAAAUAAAAUUGUAUGUUGUUAGGACUCUGCUUGACUAACAUGCUACCUUCUUCUUCUGUUUUUUCUUUUCUUUUGUGGUUAGCUGUAUCUUUAGCGUAUGUAUUUUUAAUCAAAACUUCAAUUACAUGUGUAAUGUAUAAUUUCAACAGGAAUAUAAAGCCAUUAUCUGAUUCA